AUGUCAAGUUAGGCUAAAAUAAAUAGUUUAUUUGCUGAUCAAGAAUGCCAAAAUUGUAAGAAGGUAUUUAAUUAUUAUUAAAAUUAGAUUGAAUCUGAAUUUGAGAUUUUGAGGAUAGAUCAUUUGAAACUUUAAGAAUAAUAUUAAAAAUUAUUAAAGGAAAAGGAAAUGAUAUAAAGGGAUACAUCAUAAGUAAUAUUCUUUUAUUAUUAUUCAUUUAGACAGACAAUGAAUUAAAAAAAAAUAGGUAAAAAUUUGAUUAAUUGUAAAAUGAAUUAACUAAAAUGAAUGAAAAAUAUUAAAUAAUAUAAGGAGAGUUAGAAAGAAGUAAUUAAAAAAUAGAGCAAUUAAAGGCCAGAAAUGCAAAAAAUGAAAAAGAAAAAGAGGAAUUGUUAUUUUCAAAGCCAGUAGAGAAUCCUGAAUAAAAAUAAACUCUUUAAUAAAUAAGCAUAUUAUAAGAGUAAUUAAGAAAGGCUUAACAUUAAAAAGAAUAAGCACUAUCUAUCAAUACUUAAUUAACAUUAGAAUUAUAGUAAUUAAAAAGCUAAUAAAAACCUUAAUAAAAUAUAGUAUAAACAGUUUAAUUCUAAAGAGAUUCAACAACAAAUGAUAAGGUUUUGUAAAUGGAAAUAUAAAAUCUUAGAUAAAGAAUUAAUGAAAUGAAUGUAGCUCUUUAAAAAUAAUAACAAGAAUAUUAAAGUUUAUAAUAGGAAUCUAAAGAAUAAAUUUUAAAUUUAUAAUAAUAAUUGGAACAAUAAGAUAAGAAUAUUGAUUAAUAAUAAUCAUCUACUAUUUAAUUAAAAUAGUUAUAAACAUAAUUAAAAAAAAUAGAAGCUUAAAAUAAAGUUUUACAAAAAUAAUUGGAUUAUAAAACAUAAAGAUAUAAUGAAUAAGUAAUUUUAGAUAAUUAAUUAAGGUUGAUGAUAUUAAUAAAUUGUAGGAAGAAUUAAAUAAUUGUAAAACAAAUUAAAUUGUUAAUUUUCUUGGAGAUGAAGAAAAAGAUUACAAAGAAAAAUACAAAUAAGUUUUACAUUAAAAGUAAGAACUUGAAUAAAAUUUUAAAGAAAAAGAAACAUUUUUAAUGUAAAAAAUUUAAUAAUAUGAAUAACACAUAAAAUAAAGUAAUAUCUAUUGUUAAUCGUAGAAUAAGGUAAUGCUGGUUUAGAAAAUGUUAAAUUGAAGGAGAAAUUGGAUGAAUUAAAAGAACUCUAGGGAAAAUUAAAUUAAAUAUAGGAAGAAGAACUUACUUAAAAAGUUUAAUUUUAUAUUAUAAACUAAGAUGAUUAAUUCAAAUUAAAAGAAAUAAUUAGAUGACUUAAUAAAUAGUUAAUAUUAAUUUAAAUAGAGGGUCAAAGAAUUAGAAUCAUAAUUAAAAUAAUGUGAAGAUAAAUUGAUUUCAUCCAAGUACAAAAUAGCUGACAUGAUGAAUCUUGCAAUUGAACAUGGAAUGACUUAAUUACUUGAUAAAUUUGCUUCAUUAUAGUAAUGA